UAAAAACUCAAACCAGACCUGUCCAGUGUCCACCAAUAUCCCACCCCAAGGCUUUUUGGACUUGUAGCCGACAUCAUGGCCAACCUUCCCCAAGGGAUCCUCCCUACGCUUCCAUGUUCCCUGCCGAAAUGCCACCUUCCCGAAGACAUCGAUGCGGCUGCUGUCGCUAGGAAAUUCACGACCCCGCUCAACCCCUUGUCGCUCGACCAUUUCACGUCAGAUGCCUUGUGGAGAGAUAGUGUUGCGUUGACAGGCACCUUGCGGACGUUCUACUCCGCCGCUACUGUCACCGAGGCCUGGAAUGGUCGAUGCCUUGCUCGCGAGGCGCAAGGCUUUCAGCUUGCUCCCGAAGCCGCACGAGCGGUUCGCCCUGCCCCAUGCCUGGGCUGGAUUGAGGUCCCAUUCACCUUUGAGACUGAGGCAGUGCCCGCUGCCACGUGCUCGGGGUUUCUUUCCUUGGUGCCGGAUGGAAAUGGCGGCUGGAAGAUCUGGUUGUUGAGGACUAUACUGGAGGAGUUUCGGGAUCAGCCGAGCGUGGAUGAGCUCGAGCCCAAUACCCAUACGGCACAUCAGCCUUUCCAUGAUGGCGCAAACUAUGAAUGCGUGGUUGUUGGCUGUGGACAAUCCGGCUUGAGUGUCGCUGGCCGGCUGCAGGCUUUGGGGGUGUCUUAUCUCGUGGUUGACAAGGCACCUCGCGUGGGUGACUCCUGGCUCCAGCGAUAUGAAUCGAUGAAAUUGCAUAGUCACCGAGAUGCCGCCCAGCUCCCUUUUGGACCUACCUUCAGUGACGAGUACCCUGAUCUAAUGAACAGACAGGAACUGGCCCGGGGUUAUCAGGAUUGGGCUAAGAGAUACUCUAUCAACAUCUCUUUCUCUACGGAGCUGGUCUCCGGAACCUGGGAUGAGGACCAUCACAAAUGGACUCUACAACUGCGUCAGCAACAGGGCGAACAAGCCACCACCAUAUCCGUCACAUGCUCCCACGUCGUCAUGGCUGUUGGCGCCGGAGGCCAUGAGCCCGUCCGGCCCACAUAUCCAGGCGAGGAUAUAUUCCAAGGUGACAUUCUACACACCGCACAAUACAAAAGUCCCCGUCAGUGGCAAGACAAGCAUGCAGUAAUCAUCGGAUCUGCUAAUUCCGCACACGACGCGGCAGCAGACAUGGUCGGGACUGGGAUGGCCUCCAUCACCAUGGUCCAGCGCAGCCGGACUUGUAUCAUCCCAGUAGAAUACAUGCCCAAAACUCGGAAAGGAUCAAAACUCGCCGACCGCCAACAACUCUCCACUCCCCAUGCCGUCAGCCGUCUCGUAAGCAUCCUCAGCAUCCGCGCUCAGAUCGCGCAGAACCCCGAACGAUUCGACGCUCUCGAGCGCGCCGGCUUCAGGGUCGAUCGGGAUGGCGAAGUCGUCGCCCACGUCACCGAACGAUACGGAGGGCAUUACAUGGAUGUUGGGAACUGCGCCAAUAUCGCCAAAGGAAUGGUAAAAAUCAAAUCCAACAGCCACCCCACAUCCUUCACCCCCACCGGCCUCCUCUUCGCAGACAACACGCAUCUCCCCGCCGACGUAGUAAUUUUCGCCACGGGCUAUAAAUGGAACGUGCGGGAUACAAUCGGGGAACUCUUCGGCCCGAAGAUCUACGACCAAGUUGAAGAUUACUGGGGUCUGGAUAAAGAGGGGGAGAUUAGGGGGGCGUUUAAACCUAGUCCUCAUGGGCAUAUAUGGUUCAUCUCUGGAACGACGACUCACUCACGAUACUAUUCGCGAUUUAUUGCCCUGCUGGUUAAGGCGGAUGUUAUGGGGUGUCCGGUGCCGGUGUAUCGGGAUACUCCUGGCGAUGGGGUUUCGAAACUUAAGUAGGGGAAUGAGAACUGGGAGUGGGUUUUGGAGCUGGGGUGGAAGGGUAGAAUUCAACACUGCGCGAUCGUUCGGUCAGGAGCCGAGUUUACGAGUUAGCAACUGAAGUAUUGAUUAUUGCUUCUCGAAGAUAUCAACAUCAUCUAGAUC